AAAUCCAAAUCCAUUGAUUUCUUUCCAUCCAAAUCCAUACCCUGCCUAAAUCAAAACACUGGCCCGUUGAAACUCUUCUACUCUUAAAAAACACCCUUCUUUCACCUCUCAACUUCUAUUUCCCUCCCCCUAUUCGGUUUUCCAAUCCUCUUCUUCACCAAUUCAAAACCCUAAUUCUCUUUUUUCUAUUUCCCCUGUUCUUCACAUAACAAACUUCAUUGGGUCUUAACGCUAAUCAACACUAGAAUCAAGAGUGAACCCAUUUUCCCAUUUGCUUUGCGAAUGAUCUGACCACGGUUUUUUUUUGUUCUGUGGUCUAGUUCGGCGCAAUGUCGGAGGACAUGCUCAUACAUUUUUCUUCGAAUUCAUCUAACCAGUCAGACAACUCUCUGCCCACCAAAAUCGCGAAGCUCGAAGCUCGCAUGGUGGGAAAGGCGUCUUCAGCUGCUGCUCAGCAGCCUCAGGUGCAGCUGCAGGCACCGCAGCAGCCCGCAUGGUCCUCUGUUUCUUCUGCUACGAAAUUUGCUGCUACAGAGGAGUUGCCCGAGGCUUCUAUAUCUAGUGAUUCCGACGAUGAGAAUGGAGGGGAGUUUCUAAUACAAGCCAACACUCAGAAGCGUAAGAAAGUUAAUCAAGAGGACAACUCCAUAGUUUUUGAGCCUGUGGCUGAUAGGAGGCAAAAGAUCACAGAAGCCACUGAUACAAAGGCAAGUUCUGAUGGAAAUAGGAGAAAACAAGGCCGUGGUAGGGGGAAUUCUGUUUCAAGCAGAGGCCGUGGUUCUAAAGUUAAUGACCAGGCUAGAUCACAAACAUCAGGUUCAACAGUAUCUCCUUCAAAUGGUCAGCUUGAGAACUCAUACCAAAAGGAUGGUAGAUUUAAGGAGCAGCUCUGGAGUGAUGACCACACUUCACUAGAGGAGGAGGUGUUAUCUUUACGAGCAAAAGUUGCAGCCUUGGAGGAGGACCUGCGUAAAUGCCGUGAAGAAGCCUUUGACUAUCAAAAUCUUUGCCGUCAGCUGGAAAAGGAAUUGAAGGAGCUUAAAGACUGCGAACAACAAAUGAAGCCAAAGUCCUCCUGUCUGAUCCAGCGAACAAAAAUAAUAUCUGAUUUGCUGAUAGCUGUUUCAAAAGCUGAGAGACAAGAGGCUAGGAUGAAAGUACGUCAGGAUUCCUUGAGAUUUGGAAAUGUUGGUGUAAUCAGAGCUGGAACUGUCAUAUCUGAGACAUGGGAGGAUGGGCAAGUACUUAAAGAUAUAAAUGCUCAUCUUAGACAAUUAUUAGAAGCUAAGGAGGCUGUUGAACGUCAGAGGAAAUCUUUGAAGAAGCGACAAUCUGACAAGGGUGAUGGGAAUGAUGCUGAAUCAGGAACUCAAGAAGAGGAUUUUCUGAUUCAGGAUGAGAUAUAUAAAUCUCGUAUAGCAAGUAUUAAACGUGAGGAAGAAACUAUUCUGCGUGAGAGAGAUCGCUAUGAACUAGAGAAGGGAAGGCUUAUACGUGAAAUGAAGCGCAUACGAGAUGAGGAUGGUUCCCGUUUUAACAAUUUUCAGAUAUUGAACAGCCGAUAUGCCCUUUUAAACCUUCUUGGAAAAGGAGGAUUUAGCGAGGUUUACAAGGCUUAUGACUUGGUAGAGCAUAGAUACGUUGCAUGUAAGCUUCAUGGUCUGAAUGCUCAGUGGAGUGAGGAUAAGAAACAAAGUUACAUAAGACAUGCAAUGCGGGAGUACAAUAUUCACAAGACAUUGGUGCAUCAUCACAUCGUUCGUCUUUGGGACACUUUUGAGAUCGACUCCAAUACAUUCUGCACUGUCUUAGAGUAUUGCAGCGGAAAGGACCUUGAUGCCGUUCUGAAGGCAACACCUGUAUUACCGGAGAAGGAAGCUAGAAUUAUUAUUGUCCAAAUAUUUCAAGGCCUCAUUUACUUAAACAAAAGAGCGCAAAGGAUUAUUCAUUAUGAUCUUAAGCCUGGAAAUGUUCUGUUUGAUGAGUUUGGUGUUGCAAAAGUUACUGACUUUGGUCUUAGCAAAAUAGUAGAGGAUGAUGUUGGGUCGCAAGGUAUGGAACUUACGUCCCAGGGAGCCGGAACUUACUGGUACUUGCCUCCAGAAUGCUUCGAGCUGAACAGAACCCCUCUAAUUUCAUCAAAGGCCAAUGUUUGGUCUGCUGGUGUUUUAUUUUACCAAAUGCUUCUGGGUAGGCGCCCUUUUGGACACGAUCAAACUCAGGAAAGAAUCCUGCGUGAAGACACUAUUAUCAAAGCACGCAAGGUUGAGUUCCCAUCAAGACCUGCUGUCUCCAACGAGGCAAAGGAUUUUAUUCGUCGUUGUUUGACGUAUAACCAAGCUGAGAGGCCAGAUGUUUUAACCAUAGCUCAAGAUCCAUAUCUGACAUAUUCAAAGAAGUAAAACUGUACACAGGCACGGUUAAAGUGCUGGAAAAUAGAGAAGGGAGUAGAGUAUCUCCUUUAAAUUCUUUUGCAACUACCCACAGGGAUUUUUGUAUAGGUUGUAAAGGUUCUGUAAUAUUAACCCUGCUUCUCAUACCCCAACAGUUUUAGAAGUUUCUUUUUGCCUUUUUCCAUUUUCUUUUUUCUUUUUUAACCUUUUGUUGUAUGAAUGUUGUGCAUAUCGAGAUGUUUGUGGCCUGAUGAGGAAAAUAUAGAAACAUGUCUUGA